ACCAGCGAUUCUUAUCACGACGCGAUGCAAUAAAUCAGUGUAAGCUUGGUUGUAAACAGCAACGCCGCUUGAUAACGCAAUCGGGUUUGUUCCGAGCGUCCCGUAUAUAUCAAUCCCAAUCAAUUAGUGACCCAAUACGAAGGAAGCGUAGAAUUCCGGAAGCGCGAAUCGUCAGCGGAAUCCCACGAUGGACGGACACCGGGCGUUGGACAUUUUGCCGCUGCUGAACGAGCGCGUGGCGCUGCUAUCCGGUGGUCGGGACAAUCGGGGCGGUCCCAUCAUCUGCUUCCCGGCCACGACCAAGCGCGAGCGGAUCAAGCCGGAAGACAUCAAGCGCAUCAUGAGCUACUUCAUCAACAUACCGAGCGAUGAAAGCAAGAGUCUCGGCUUCACCAUCAUCGUGGAUAUGCGGGGCAACGGCAACACGGCCGCCAGCGCCAAGAUGAUCCUGAAGGUGCUGCAGGAGAACUUCGGCACCGACGUCAUCCACCAGGCGGUCAUCAUCAAGCCGGACAACUUCUGGCACAAGCAGCGCUCGUCGAUCGCGAGCUCCAAGUACAAGUUCGAGACGACCACCAUCUCGAUCCAGUCGCUCGGCAAGCUGGUCGAGCCGUCGCAGCUGACGUCCGACUUCGAGGGCUUCCUGCACUACGACCACACGCUGUGGAUCGAUCUGCGCGUCGCGUUCGAGGACUUCCUGUGGCAGGCGAGCGACAUCCUCGACCGGAUCGACGACCUGCAGGAGGACCUCACGCACUCGGAGUGCCCGGAGGACGUGAACGGCGUCAAGCACAGCAUCGACGCGCACAACGAGAUGAAGCGCAAGAUCCUGAAGCUGCCGAUCGAGGACCUCGACCUGCAGGGCCAGAAGCUGCUCGGCAAGCUCACAACCUACUCGAACCGGAACGACGACGGCUGCCACUCGACUUCGUCCCCGGCAAAGUGCCACAAUCCGGACAUUGCGUCCGCGUUGAAUCAGGUGCUGCAGCAACUGGAAACGGUACGAAAUGCCCAACAACAACUGCUGAACCUAUGGCAGCACCGCAAGACGAAGCUCGAUCAAUGUUUCCAGCUGCGCCUGUUCGAGCAGGACUGCGAAAAGAUGUUCGACUGGAUCCUGCACAAUCGGGACGUGUUCCAGGAGACGUACGUCGAGAUCGGCCACAACUACGCGAUGGCUAAGAACCUGCAGGAGGAACACCAGCGCUUUGCCAUAACGUCCCGCAACGUGUGCGUUAACAUCAACCGAAUCCUAGCGGUGGCCGCGCGGCUCUACGAGGGGAACCAUUAUGCGGCCACACACAUUCGCACGCUGGCGGCGCGGUUGGAAAAGACGUGGAAAGAUUUUGUGACGACGCUGGACGAGCGGACGGCCGUGCUGACGCUGUCCGUCGUGUUUCACCAUAAGGCGGAGCAGUACACGGAGAGUGUUAGUAGCUGGGCGGCGGCCUGCGAGGCCACGAUUCCAACGCCGACGAAUGUGGAAAGCCUCGAGACGGCCAUCGGGACGCACCAGUCGCUGUACGAGGCCAUGUGCCAGGCAUACACGGAGGUACACUCGACGAGCAAGAAGCUGUUGUACCAGCUCGACCAUUUGGUGCAGGUUUGCAACAAGCCACCGAUAGUGAACACGAGGAAGAAUGAUAAUUCCCUGUUCAACGGUGGAAACCCGGCGGCCGAUUACAGUGAAGGUGCCUCGCACGUCCUUGCGGUGAUACAUCAGAUUCUCGGCCAUCACCGUGCGCUCGAGAGCAAGUGGCAUGCGGGCAAACUGAGGCUGCAUCAGAAGCUAGCCCUGCGCCUCUUCCAGGAGGAUGUGAAGCAGGUGCUCGACUGGCUGCAGAACCAUGGCGACGUGUUCCUGCGAAAGAACAAGGGUAUCGGGAAGAGCCUCCAAAAGGCCCGCAUCUACCAGACGAGUCACGAGCACUUUGAAAACGUUGCUCAAAACACGUACCGCAACGCGGAAAAGUUACUGUCGGCGGCGGAAGAGUUGGCCCGCUCGGGCGAAGUGUCCCCGCAGGAGAUCUUUUCCGUCGUGCACGAGCUGGAGACGAACGUGGCAUCGUUUGCGGAACGAGUGGAGAAGCGUCGAAGACGGUUGGAUCUGGCCGUGGUGUUCUAUUCGAACGAAAAAGAUAUAGCCGCCUGGCAGGAGCAGCUCCAUGCGGAGGUAACGAACGAAGAGUCGCUGGAGUUGGCCAACGAGCAUCUCGAAGGUACGGAGCGAAUGCUGGAACAGUGUAAGGAGCAGGAAGAGAGCACGCUGAAGACGUGCAUGCAAGCGAUCGCACAGGGCGAGGCGUUGCUGCAAGAGUUGCGGGCGAUCGAGGAGGAAGACAGUUCCGGAUCGUUAACGGCCGUACAGAAUGCUCUCGAUCGGAUCCAAAAGAACCGGUUGGAUUUGGAGGGCUUGUGGCAGACGCGUCGGAUGAAGAUCGACAUGUACCUUCGGUUGCGCAUUUUCGAGCGGGACGCGCUGGAAGUGUCCUCCCAGCUGGAGAUGUGGGCCGAAGAGCUGCAGCACACGGAAGUAUCGCGCGAUUUCCAAAAGACGGAACAGUUUCUACGGCUGCACAACGAGUCGGUGAACCAGAUGCAGACCACCACGUAUCAGGUGAUCAACCAGGGCCAAGAGCUGAUGCAGCUGUUCGAGUCGUCCGGGCUGCUGAUCAUGGCGGACGCCAACCAUACGGCCCAGACGAGGGUGCAAUAUUUGCUAGAAUUUUUACACGACCGCGAACUCGACCUGGAGGACUUGGCGGAGACGAAGCGCAUCAAGCUGGAGCAAUCGAUGCAGCUGUGCCACUUUCAGAACGACGCCAACCAGGUGAUCUCGUGGAUCCGCAACGGUGAGGCGAUGCUGAUGGCGAACUUCUCCAUCCCGAACAGCUUCGCCGAGGCGGAGCAGCUGCGCAAGGAUCACGAACAGUUUCAGGUGGCGAUCGAGCGUACGCACACCUCGGCCGUGCAGGUGAAGUAUCGAGCGGAUGCGCUCAUCAACGCGCACCACUACGAUCCGCAGAGCAUCAAGGACAUUGCGGACGAGGUGACGAAGAAGUGGCAAAAGUUGUUGACGUGCGCCGAAGAGCGCCACAAGCUCGUGACGGCGUCGCAGAACUUUUUCAAAACGGCCGAGCAGGUGUGCAGCGUACUGGACAGUCUCGAGAAAGAGUACCGCCGGGAGGAAGACUGGUGCGGUGGCGGUGGCUCUACCGAUAAGGGUCAACAGAUCGUGCAGCUUAUCACAAAGCAUCAGGAGCAGAAGGAGGCGUUCCUGAAAGCGUGCACGUUGGCACGCCGGACCGCGGAGACUUUUCUCAAGUAUGCGGCCCGUUCGCUGCAGUUCUACCACGUGAAAUCGACCGCGGUGAACAGCGAGUCGCGGGUGAAGGCCAUCCUGGACAAACUACUCACACAGGAAACGCAAGUGCUCGAGUAUUGGACGCAGCGCAAGAAACGGCUCGAUCAGUGCCAGCAAUUUGUGCUGUUCGAGCGCUCGGCCAAGCAGGCCAUCGAGUGGAUCCAUGACACGGGUGAGGCGUACCUAUCGUCGCGCAAAAACAAACUUUGCUCGACGCGGGAAGACUCGGAGCUGCUGUUGCGCGAGCACAACGAGUUCAAAAGCACGGCCAAGGAGACACGCGAACGGGUGAAGCUGCUGAUCCAGCUGGCGGACACGCUGGUCGAGAAGGGGCACGCGCACGCCAGCUCCAUUAAGCAGUGGGUCGCAACGGUCGAUUCGCGCUACAAGGACUUCAGCCUGCGGAUGGAACUGUACCGAUCGAACCUGGAGAAAACGCUUGGCCUACCUGGUAUCAUACAGCAACCGGAUGACAAUAACCUUAGCAGUAGUAAUAACACUAAUAGUAGUAGCAGUCAUAGUCUUAACAACAGCAAAUCCAUUUCCUCAACUUCGGUCAACUCGAGCUCCGGCAUUUCGUCCGCGGGUUCCAACUCGAGUCUGGUCACCGUUUCCUAUCAUCCCGCACCGGGUGGCGACCGGAUGGCGGGAGCGGAUGCUAGCAGCAUCACCAGCGGCACUCCGCACUGUUCCUCCACCUCGUCGUCGGGCCCACCGUCGACGGGAUCCUCCGCUUCAUCGGUGCUCGAGUACCGCCAUUCGGAUCCAUCGCUCGAAACCAAACUAAAUGCGGCCGCAGCCGGCCCCGGGGCGGUCGGCGCCGUCCAAAAGGAAAUCAACGAGGAGAAGCGAAAGUCGGCACGCAAGAAGGAGUUCAUCAUGGCCGAGCUGCUGCAAACGGAGCGUACGUACGUGAAGGAUCUCGAAACGUGCAUUGGUGUGUUCUUGCGCGAGCUGAAAAGCGGCCAGAACGUCCCGACGAACCUGCUCGGCAAGGAGCACAUCCUGUUCGCGAACAUCGAGGACAUAUUCCAGUUUCACGAGAAGAUAUUCUUGCGCGAGCUGGAAAAAUACGAAACCAUGCCGGAGGACGUCGGGCACUGCUUCGUAACGUGGGCGACCAAAUUCGACAUGUACGUGCACUACUGCCAGAACAAACCGCAAUCGAUGGACUACAUGGUGCAGCACGGCGGUACGUACUUUGAGGAGGUGCAGCGGAAGCAUAAGCUCGAACACUCGCUGCCGGCGUACCUGAUCAAGCCGGUGCAGCGCAUCACCAAGUAUCAGCUGCUGCUGAAGGAUCUCCAAUCGUGCUGCGACGAAGGGCAGGGCGAGAUAAAGGACGGGCUGGAGGUGAUGCUGAACGUACCGAAGAAGGCGAACGAUGUGAUGCAUCUGUCGCUGCUCGAGCAGUGUGACAUCGCGAUCGAGAACCUGGGCGAUGUGGUGCUGCAGGACUCGUUCCUGGUGUGGGACAACAAGCAGAUACUGAUCAAGAAGGGCCGCGAGCGGCACGUGUUUCUGUUCGAGCUGUACAUCCUCUUCUCGAAGGAGGUUAAAGACACCAACGGUACCGUGAAGUACAUUUACAAAAAUAAGCUCCUAACGUCCGAUUUGGGUGUGACGGAACACAUCGAAGGGGACGAAUGUAAGUUUGCCAUCUGGACCGGCCGGGCGCCGAUCCUCUCCGACUACCGGAUAGUGCUGAAAGCGAACAGCCUCGAGACGAAGCAGACGUGGGUGAAGCGAAUGCGCGAGGUCAUGCAGGAGACGUACUUCACCAGCUCGUCGUUCUCGCUGCUGAAAUCGCCGGCCAAGGUGAGCGGCAAGAAUCUUGGCCAGCGGCUCUCCAAGGACAUUGACGACACGCUGAACGACAACGAUCAGGACGGCAGCUCGCUGGCAAGCUUUGGCUCAGGAAAUACGACCGACAGUGAGAAGGGCGGUCUGUCGGAGAUGACAUGGGUCAUCGCGGACCAUACGGCGGCCCCGGGCUCGUCGGAGCUGAGCGUCAGCAAGGGCCAGCAGGUGGAGGUGGUGGACAUGAACUGCUCCGGUGCGCCCGACUUCUGCCUCGUCCGGCUGGCGGUCAACGCGUCGGACGCGCAGGAAGGGUUGGUACCCGUCGCCGUCCUGAAACCGCUACCGUCCUCCCACAGCAAAUUGAACAACAAACAGCGCGACACGGACACCCUGGGAGAAGUACCGCAGGAAAAUGAUUGCAUACUACCGAACCAGCACACAUCGCCCGUCAACAAACGGAAAGGCUUCAGCGGGAAAAAAUGGCUUCCGACGCAGUUCCGGAAACUGUCGCACGGCAAAUCGGAUAAGCUACCCCCGGUGGAGAAAUCACUCGUCAACAAGAAGGGCUCCGAUAAGAAGGUUAAGUCCAAUCAGCAGGAAAAAUCUUCGAGCGAGCUGGAACAAUCGAAUGCCACUGCAGCGGCCGCUGCCGCCGCCGCCGCUGCUGCUGCCGCCGUACAGCAAGAAGCGGAGGACGAGGAGGCGACCGCAAUCGAACUUCCGCCACCGAUGAAACCGAUACAGGACACGGCCACCGCGCUCACCGCCGCUGCUACCGUCGUACCGUCGUCCUCCGAGGAUGCCACCGGUGCGGCAAAUAAGAUCACGAAAGCGCUCUCGCUGAAGUCACUCGAGGAACCAGCCGGCGCACAGCCGACGGCGGAUCUGGCCGAGAUCGAGCAGUUUGUCAAGCAAAAGGUGGAAAGCCUUAAGUAUCUCGAUAAUGAUGGAAGCAAUGGAAGUGGUGCCAUGACGGCCGCGGGCCUGAGUGUGGGUGAUGGAACCAGCAGCAACAUCUCGGUUGGCACGUCGGCCAUGAACGGUAGAGCUGGUGGGCAUACGAUCGCCAAACCUGCCAUUUCGCCGCAGUUCUCCGAGACGGAAGCUACGGACGAGAAUCAACCCGAGGAGCAGGGCAUCGAGGAUAUUCUGCGAAAGCGAACGUACGCACUGCGUGAACUGAUCACGACGGAAGAAGCGUAUGUGAACGAUCUCUCGCAAAUAGUGAACGGGUACAUUGCGGAAAUUCGCAACCCCGCCAGUACGGUACCGAUCCCGGAGGAUCUCAAGGGGGGCAAGGAACGGAUGGUAUUCGGUAACGUUGAAGCAAUAUACGAGUGGCACCGAGAUUACUUCCUCAAGUCGCUACAAAAGUGUCAACACGACCCAUUAGAGCUCGGAGAGCUGAUAAAACGAAGCGAACGGAAGCUCCACUUGUACGUCGUCUACUGUCAGAACAAGCCGGUCUCGGAGCACAUCGUGCAGGAGCAUAUGAGUUACUUCGAUGAAUUACGCUUAAAAUUAAAGUAUAAACUAUGUUUAGGAGAUAUGCUCAUCAAACCAGUCCAAAGAAUAAUGAAGUACGAGUUGCUGUUGAAAGAUAUCCUGAAGCAUACUCAGCGGGCCGGUCUCACCAAGGAACUACCAGUAUUGAAGGAAGCGAUGCAUAUAAUGCAAGUAGUUCCUAAGGCUGCCAACGACAUGAUGGACGUCGGUCGGUUACAGAAGUUUGAGGGUAAAAUAACAGCACAAGGCAAGCUACUGCUGCACGGUCCACUGUACUGUGUGGAAGGUGCCUCUAGUAGUGAUAAAAACUCGUACAACUCACAAAAACCUAAGGAGCUGCACGUGUUUCUCUUCGAGCAGAACAUCAUCUUUGCGGAGAUAGUAGGAAAGAAAACGCAGUUCACCAGUCCAAACUACAUCUACAAGGCACAUAUUCAGGUGAACAAAAUGACGCUGCAGGAUCUAUCCGAUCAGGCCAGCCACCGGUUCUCACUUUGCUCAAUCGAUCCGCAACGUUCCAGUCUGAGCUUCGUUUGCACCGCUCCGACCGUCGAGCUGCACAACGAUUGGCUCAACACGAUACACGAAAUACUGAAGACGCAGAACGACUUCCUCAAGGCCCUCGUCAGUCCGAUCGCCUAUCAAAAGGAGCUAACGAAGGAUUCGUAAUGUGUGUGUGUGUGGUGUGUACACAAUCGGGAGUUUGUUUGUUUCUCUUUCCCCAACCAUUGAACUAUCGGUUGAACUAGUAUUAUUUAUUUUACUGGAAAUCCACCCGGUUGGUUUUCAACCAUUCAUCCACUUCACAAAGACAACGGUGUCAAACAUUACACCUCAACGGAAAAGGUGGCGCAGCUAUUCACAAAAGCUAUUCAAAGGAUGCAGCAGAUAACAUAGUCAAACCAGUUAGUCAAGCAGAUGAUGAUGGAGGAGGGUUGAGGGGCUCAAUCCGACAAAUUGAAACUUUCCUUAGUAGUGUUGAAUAUGACUUCACGAUCCUUUCGCCGUAGUUGUUUCCAAUAGCCGAAAGUGGUUGCGUACUUUCUCCAACAGAGCACGACGGGCGGUUCACAAACUAUUGGAAGGAUAAACAAAAUAAAGUCCAUGACGAUGAACAGCGGUCGGAAAACCCUAUGGCAAAUCACGAUACAGACGAAUGUGAUCAGAUCAGCCGGGAGGGGCAACUCAGCAUCCAGGCGUAAGGAGGAUGAAUAAUAAUGCAGCACACAUAGUUGUAAGACGUGCACGUUCAUCUUUCACGCUUGCUAACACAAAAAACACACACACAGCAUCGGUCGCAGAGAGGACAGCUAAUAUGCUAUGUUAACGAACAACAAGAUAUAAGUAAACCAUACCAAACUUACUCUUUAGAAUCUACUUGAGCAAAGAUUCGAUAAAACGUAGAUAAUAUUGGGUAGGGACGCACAACAACACAAAAGUGACUGGCGGGAAGCAGUGAUCGUCCUUCGACAAACUAACACUACUUAAAACGAUCAAAGAAACGUAACUCAUGAAUCAACCAGGACAGGACGUUUUUUGAAAGAGAGGGCGAAAGAUGGUGGUGAACAGCAAACAGUAAUAUUAGAAUAGAUUGCGAAUAACAAGCAAGCGAAACAAACAAACAAAACAAAACAAAACAAAGUAUAUAUUUUAUUAAUAUGAUUAUUAACAAGACGGAUAUCAAGUGAAAACAGCUAUAACAUAAGAAGUAGUGAGACGCCAGUCGGUGUAGUAGAUACAAAAAAACACCCCGCCACGUCACAUUGGCCCAUCGACCAUCUCAAAGGCCGGCUAGGGUUGCAGUGAAACGGAAACACGGAUGAAUAAUGGAAAAAUUAAAAACUUAGACAAAUUGCGUAACAAAAGCCAAGAGUCACACGAGAACUGAGAGACACAAACAAACACAAGUAAACAAGAUGUGCAGACCGCAAAAUAUUUUUGAUAUUUUGAAGUUUUUUCUCCACCUCCACCCCCCCUUAGUAAUUGCACAGCAGUAGUAGGAGCGCAGGACAUGUGCACGUAUACAUUCGCACGAGUAGCUCAAAUUUGAUGCCGACACAACAGGGGCAGGGACAGGGAAGGGGGCAGCAUUAUUGGCUUGGUGCACCUCAGGUUUCGUACGCAAAGAAAAGAAAUUCACGUAUUAUUGUGAAAACAACCCUGAUCGAUCGUGCGAUUUAUCUUGCACCAUAAUCGGGUGGUAGAGUUCGAAUAGUUUUGCUAGCAUUCUUGAAAAGACACUCCUUUAGAAAGGGAGUGGGCAUUUGCUUUUGUAUACAAAUAGUUUUUUUUUCGUGUCUGACGUAUUGGCAAAUCAAGAUCGAAGUGACGAACUUUUGUCGAAUUCGAUAUUUUCUUCUACUAGACGAAACGAGUACAAGCUUUCGUUCCUUCGCUUCCCGUGUGUCCCCUUUCCUAAGUGCAGCUAGUUAGAGCAAUUGAAUCGUUCUUAUCGACAAAGCCUAACCAAGAUAACCUGGAAUCAGGAAUAAGCAAACACCACAAGCAGGAAAUCCGCUGAUAGCCCACACACAACCGGUCGAUUACAGCAGGACGGGAAAGAAACAAAUAUUUUGCGAUUCGGUUCCUCUUAACUUUAUGACUGUAGGUUAUGUAUAGAAAAAAAACUCGAGCUUUAUUUUCAAUGCUUUUAACCGUGUUAACGUAAGGGAAACGACUAGCAUCACUAUGCUCUAUGUUUUAAAAUGAAUACGGCUUCUUUUUUAUCUAGGUUUACCGUUGUAAAAACAUAAUAAUAUUUCCAUUAUCAUUAUGGAUAAAUGGUCGUUAGUUUAGCUUCUAUUUUGCACACAUCUUAAUGUAAUGCUCCCGUUCGGUAGGCACAGCAGAGAGUCCAGUAUCUUCUUCUAAGAAAACAUUCAAAAUCCACGCACAUGUAGUGCAGGAAAUACUUAAACCAACAUACAAAAAUGUAUCCCACCAUUGGAUGUUGUUUGCAAUCAACCAUUUUUAACACGCCGGUCUUUGUGCGAGUGCUUAAGCUUUUAAACGGCCAUUUAUCCGGCCAUCUGAUCGAAUUGGUGCGUACGUUUCGUACGCACGCUACUAUACUUGAUCUUUGACUCCAGAGAUUGAACGUAUUCAUAUGUUCGGCGGGAUAUCUCCCUUUUUCCCCUCAAUUGCUAUUCAUGACGAGAAACCGAACGCGAAGCGUGACUUGUGCAUUCGUUCCAGCUUUACGGAUUUAAUGUGGUUAUGUUAUUGAAAUUCUAAAUGGCCCGCAACACACUAAGGACAGAAUGUGUCAUAGUUCUGGGGUACGCAAAUACUACCGUGCUAGUAUGGCCGGACACACAAAACGUUCGAUACGAUUCGAAAUCAAAACUAAAUAUAUGAAAGGAAAACGAAAGCGCCCGUGUGUGUGUGCGCGGUAGGCAACUUUAGCAGCGAGCAAGAAUUAAGAAUGGAUAAGCAAACAUUUGUGUGAUAAUACAUAAUAGUAAUAUGUUAUAAUGUUUAAUUUAUAACCGUACCCUAAAUUUAAUGGCGUAAGAAAAGUUCCAACACUUGCUGCUGCUGGCAUUGUUGUUUUUUUUUUUCGUUUGUUUCCUUCUGUUCUAUCGAUUGACCAGAGCUCGAUCUCUCCUUAGCAGAGAUGAUCCCCCUGGAGUCAAAUGAAAAUGGAUAGAAGUAUGUCAUGUAAAAAUAACACGCGCUCAAAGGACACGUGCGCUAGAAAAGAGUGCGACCACACACUGUCGGUGAUCGAUGGCAGCAUUAUUGAAUAGGAUAACUAUACUGCAUCACAAUAAAGAGAGGAACGGGAAGAAGGAGGAAAAUCGAUCAAAAAGUGAGAAUAAAUGCACUUGUAAUCGUUGUAUAUUGCGUUCAAAUCAAAAUAACAGCAGCAAAAGUUGAAGAAAAGAAAAACAAUACACAACAAAUCGACUAGAAGUAAUUACUGAUCCUCACAGCUCACAGGAAAAAAUGAGAUUGAAAAAUCCAGAGGAGAUAGCAAAACAAAAAAUGUGACAUGGAUGAACAGAGUGGGAGAACGAUGAUAUAAUGAUACGGGAAAAUAAUAUGAAUAAAAGCUGAAACUACCCGCAAAGCAUGGAAGAUACAUAAGCUGUGCGAUAAA